AUGGCGAGCUACCUUGCCUCCCAGCCGACCCAGCACAUCUCCCAGCAGCCAUCUCCUCCUCGCUGGCACAACCACACCUACACGCCGCCGCAACAAUGGCCGCCGCACCGUGCUGCGCCGGCAGCCCCCUGGCAGUGGGCGUCCAGUACGUUUGCGCCGCCUCCCCCUACCCUCCCAUCACCCUGGACCGCGCGGCCGAACGUGACGGUCGUCGUCCCAUCAGGCGAGACCCCUACUGACGCCUGGCCCGGCGGCGGCGGGGGCGGGUCGGCGUCGCUCGACGAGCUGCGGCACGCCGCGGUGACGAGGCUGGUCGCCGCGCUGCGCGGCAUCCCGCAGACGUCCUUCGCGUGCGGCGUCUGGGUGGACCGGCGGUGUGCGCUCCGGGAGGAGUUCGCGGACGUCGCCGGUGCCGUCUACGCCGCCGUCGCGGAAUCCGUGGACUUCGUGUCACAGGAGGCGAGGCAGCGCAUCAACGACUUCGUGAAGGACGCGACGAAAGGGCUCAUCGGCGCCGUCCUCCCUCCCGGCUCCGUCGGCUCGUCCACGGUGGCCGUGCUUGCCAACGCUCUCUACUUCAAGGGGACAUGGGCUCAGCCGUUCGACCCGUCAAGGACCUUCGACGCGCCGUUCCAUCUCCCCGACGGCACCACCGUGCGCGCGCCGUUCAUGACGACGACGAGCAGGUAUGAGCAGCAGCAAUACGUCGCCGUGUUCCCCGGUUUCAGGGCCCUCAAGCUGCCCUACAGCUGCAAGAGCGGCGACCAGUGGCACCAGACCGCGUACUUCUACAUGCUUCUCCUCCUCCCAGACGACGACCACGGCCUCGGAGAUGUCUACAAGGCCGUCUCGGCGCCGGGGUUCAUCAGGAAGCACACGCCCGUGGGCAAGGUUCCGGUCGGGCGGCUCAUGGUCCCCAAGUUCAAGUUCACGUUCGAGUUCGAGGCGAGCGAGAUGCAGAAGCUGGGUGUCAGCAGAGCUUUUGCAGGUGGCGACUUCUCCAGCAUGUUCGCCGGCGAAGGGGGUUGUUGGAACCCGAUCUGCUGA